CUCCACUCCCUCCCUUCACUUCAGUCAAAUCACGGUGAUCCGGCAGCUAGCGGCACAUGCGUCUGUUAAUAAGCCAGUAGCUGCUGAGUGUCGUGGUUGUUGAGUGACGGACGACAGAGGAGAAGAAGACGCUUUCCGCCUCUUCAUCUAAAUCGGCUCGAGGUAGACGACAGACACCCGGCAAAGCCCCCGAAAACACACAGAGAUGGACGAAAAGGCGUUCACGAAAGAAAUCGACCAGUGGAUCGAGCAGCUCAACGAGUGCAAGCAGCUUUCCGAGGGCCAAGUGAAGACUCUGUGUGAAAAGGCCAAGGAGAUCCUGACAAAAGAAUCGAAUGUGCAGGAGGUGAGAUGUCCGGUGACCGUGUGCGGCGACGUGCACGGCCAGUUCCAUGACCUCAUGGAGCUCUUCAAGAUCGGUGGGAAAUCUCCAGACACAAACUAUUUGUUCAUGGGAGACUACGUGGACAGAGGGUACUACUCUGUGGAAACCGUCACUUUACUAGUAGCACUUAAGGUACGCUUCCGGGAGCGCAUCACAAUCCUCAGAGGAAACCACGAGAGCAGACAGAUCACACAAGUGUACGGCUUCUAUGACGAGUGCCUAAGGAAAUAUGGAAAUGCCAACGUUUGGAAGUACUUCACAGACCUGUUCGAUUACCUCCCCCUCACUGCCUUGGUAGACUCUCAGAUUUUCUGCCUUCAUGGAGGCCUCUCGCCAUCCAUAGAUACGUUGGACCACAUAAGGGCUUUGGACCGUUUACAAGAAGUGCCACAUGAGGGACCCAUGUGCGACCUGCUCUGGUCGGACCCCGAUGACCGCGGCGGCUGGGGCAUCUCUCCCAGAGGGGCCGGCUACACCUUCGGUCAGGACAUUUCUGAAACGUUCAACCACGCCAACCGACUCACACUGGUGUCUCGUGCCCACCAGCUGGUUAUGGAGGGCUACAACUGGUGUCAUGAGAGGAAUGUGGUGACAAUAUUUAGUGCUCCCAACUACUGCUACCGCUGUGGCAACCAGGCAGCUAUCAUGGAAUUAGACGACACCCUCAAAUACUCAUUUUUGCAGUUUGACCCGGCGCCUCGCAGAGGGGAGCCUCACGUCACUCGCCGCACCCCAGACUACUUCCUGUAAACUCUGCCGCCCGGCCCUUGUACAGUCCAGUCCAGUCCAGUCCAGUAUUGCCAUGAUACACGACUUUCAACCGAUACCAACAUAAAAGAGUGUGAGGGACACAGACGGGGGGCGACACAGCAGUGCACAUUGUAUAUCCACACAAGACUUAUUUAUGCAUUAAAAAGAAAAAAACAAAACGAUGUCUGUGUCUAUGGAUGGACCAAAAACAAUGUGUGCCAUAAUCAUUACAAUAUUCAUUGCUCAGGACCUUGUAUUGAAAAUCUACCCCGCUUCUAAGAAAUAGCAGUGAUGUUUAAGUUGCUUUUGGUUUUGCCAGUGUAGCUGGACUGAUGGCGCCGAGGUCCAAGACAAGGAUUUACUCCUCUGAAUACGGCUGAGUCCCACAUGCCAUGGCUUAUAGAGAGAUCACAACACGACGCUGAUCUGUUUGCACUUUUGUAAAUUUGAAGUAAUGUAACAUAUGUCAAAAUAUGAAAAAGAUUUCACACUACAGAUGUUUUCUUUCUUUUUUUUGUUUGUAAUUUUUUUUUCCUUUUUUGAUUUAAAAA